GUCGGCAACGAGACUUGUAAUCUGCUAGUGAAAAGUACGCAAAACUGUUGUGCAACUACGACUUGUAUAUAACCCUGAUAGCUGAGGAUUUAAUAUAUGAACAGCUGAAAUGGGAGUGCCAAAGUUUUACAGAUGGGUUAGCGAACGCUAUCCAUGUUUAAGUGAGGUGGUGAGAGAGUAUCAGAUCCCAGAGUUUGACAACCUAUAUUUUGACAUGAAUGGUAUUAUCCAUGUCUGCUCCCACCCAGAUGAUUCCAAUCCUCAUUUCAGAAUCACAGAGGAGCAGAUCUUCCUGGACAUAUUUCACUAUAUAGAGUUUCUAUUCCGUAUGAUCAAGCCGCGUAAGGUGUUCUUCAUGGCUGUAGAUGGCGUUGCACCCAGAGCCAAGAUGAACCAGCAGAGAGGAAGACGAUUCAGAUCUGCACGCGAAGCUGAGGAUCUAGUCCGCAAGGCCCUGCAGAAGGGAGAGAUUCUUCCCACAGCAGAACGCUUUGACUCCAACUGUAUCACCCCAGGGACGGAAUUUAUGGUCAGACUUCAGGAACAGCUCAAGUAUUUUGUUGCCAACAAGAUGUCCACAGACAAACUGUGGCAGGGGGUCAAGGUCAUAUUAUCAGGUCAUGAGACUCCAGGAGAAGGAGAGCAUAAGAUCGUGGAUUUCAUUCGUGCAGAGCGUGCGUCUCCUGACCACGAUCCCAACACGAGGCAUUGUCUGUACGGGCUGGAUGCUGAUCUUAUGAUGUUGGGGUUGUCCUGUCACGAGCCUCACUUUUCUCUGCUCAGGGAGGAAGUCAGAUUUGGAGGGAAAAAAGAUGCCAAGAAAAGAACAAACACCCCUGAGGAGACAACAUUCCACCUGCUCCACUUAUCACUGUUCAGAGAAUACCUGGACUUUGAGUUUGGCUCUCUCAGGGACAAGCUUCAGUUUGAAUACAACCUUGAGAACAUUAUAGAUGACUGGGUGUUACUGGGAUUUCUGGUGGGGAACGACUUCAUUCCUCAUCUGCCUCAUCUCCACAUCAAGGACAACGCCCUGCCGUUGCUGUGGAAGAUUUACAAGGAGGUGAUGCCCACAUUGGAUGGAUACUUGAAUGACAAUGGAGAGCUCCAUUUGAAAAGAUUUGAAAAAUACUUUGAAAAGUUGGCGCAGUAUGAUAUAGACAAGUUUGAUGAGCAGUAUGCAGAUCUCAAGUGGUUCUCAGGGAAGACGGGGAGAAAAUUGCAGGAGUUCACAGCAGACUCAGGAGGAAAUGACUCCAAAUCUAACAAGAAACCUGGUGGGGAUAAGAAGUUUAAAACAGACAAUUCAUUUGAUGCCUUGACUGGCAUUGACGAGAACACCGUCCUUGAUGAUUUUGAAAGCCAGUUGGAGGAUGACUCAGCAGAAAUUGAAGAAGAGGAGACAGAAGAGGAAGAGUCAGAAAGUGAUGAUUUUUUGGCAGAAUUUGCUCAACACAAAAAGCAUUAUUAUAUGGAUAAAUUGGAGAUAGAAAAAGUGACACCGGAAGUUCUUAGAAAACAGGCUACAGGAUAUGUCCAAGCUGUACAGUGGAUUCUCUACUACUAUUAUCGUGGAGUUCCUUCUUGGAGUUGGUUCUAUCCUUUCCACUACGCCCCCUAUAUUAGUGAUGUCAAGGACUUCAGCAACAUGGAGAUAAAGUUUGACAUUGGAAAGCCUUUCUUACCAUUUGAGCAGCUGAUGGCAGUGUUGCCUGCCGCCAGCAAGAACCUUCUUCCUUCACCCUUCCAGACUCUGAUGACAAUGGACACAUCCCCUAUAAUAGAUUUUUACCCAGUGAACUUUGAGACAGAUCUGAAUGGCAAGCAGCAGGACUGGGAAGCCGUCGUCUGCAUACCUUUUAUUGAUGAGAAAAGACUGUUGGAAUCCAUGGCUCCCAUUUAUGACAAGCUCAGUCCCAGUGAAAAGGCCCGGAACAGGCACAGUCCGCAUUGUAUGUACCAGUUUACAGAGGAAGUUCAGGAACCACUGCAGUCGCCUCUACCAGGACGAAUCCCAGAUAUUGUCCUUAAUCACUGCAAGUAUACACCACUUCCUUUGGACAGUUUCCUGGUGGAUGCUGACAAGCUGAAGAGAGGACUGUGUGAGGGAGUUAAACAAGAUGUCUACUUCCCAGGGUUCCCAACGCUCAAACAUCUGCCUCACAGGGCUCAGUUAAAGCGUGAGGGGGUGACAGUGUUCCAGCAGGCCAGUAGAGGUGAUAACAUGAUUCUGCAGCUGACAGAUGGUAGAAGUGAGGAGAAGCUAAAAGAUGUAGCAAAGGAAAUUUUGGGGAAGGGUAUCUUUGUCAACUGGCCACAUUUGUUUGAGGCAAGAGUCAACUCUGUGUCUGAUGGUGAGGCAAAGUUUGUCCUUGAUGAGGGAACACAUCACAAGACCAAGACCCUGGCUGCCAGUGAGGAGGUGAAGAUGAAGGAAGAACACAUGAACAGUGAUGAGGUCACCAUAUGGCACAGGGAGGUGGACAGUUUGACAGAGAAGUACAAGGGCAGAAAAGGGGUAGACAUUGGCACCACAUUUUUGUUGGUUCAUGCUCAGCCCAUGAUGGGAAGAAAAUAUGUGUGUGGUUCAGGAGGCAACAUUACACUGGAGAAGCAGUGGUCAUUUAACCCAGUGCCAUAUGCCUACCAGGCUACAGUCAAGGAUAUUUCUGUCCAUGACUCCAGUUUCAAACAGUACAAGACGCUGGACCAGUUGUAUCCUCCCAGGACUGAGGUUUUCAUGCUCGGAUCACCUCACUAUGGCAGCAUGGGAGAAGUAAUGGACGUGGAUUUGAAGUCUGCAAGAGUUCGCGUAAACUUCAGUGUCCCCACUGAGCCAAAUCUGCAACGUGUUGCCAAGAGGGCAAAUAAUCUGUCCACGCACUGGAUGCCUGGCUACAUUCUGGCACAAAAAUUGGCAGUUGACGGCCAUUUUGUCUCCAGGAUCACGGGCUGUGUCUUGAUCUGCCGCGGUGUCAAGGAAAACAUCCAGACGGCACACAAGGUCAAUGUUGGCCUCAAUCUGAAGUUUAACAAGAAAAACCAAGAGGUGCCGGGAUACACGAAAAAAUCAGACGAGGGUGGAUGGAUGUACUCUGAGAAGACGCUAAAUGUUCUCGCUGAAUACUUUAAAAGAUUUCCCCAGAUGUUUAAAAGUAUCACUAAACGCCAGUCCAGUGGUGACAUCUACCUGGAGAGGGACAUCUUCACUGAGGGAUGCGGAGAGAGUUUGGAGGAAGUGCAACAAUUUCUCAAGAAACUACCGUGUGCUGACGUCCCCCCUGUAGCCAUAGGCAGCAGUUUCCUGGAUGAACAGGUGAUAGCUGAGAUUGAGAAAGAGGUGGAGCUUGUGAAGGCCCUGAAUGCCAAGAAGAAAAAGAGAACCAAGAUGCAGGUUCGCCCACAUCUCCUUUUUAGGCCAAUGGAUGCCCAAGGCACAGUAAUCCCUGACAAAAGUGCCACCUAUGAAAUGUUUGACAGGAUUGUGAACGUCCGCGAGGGAUACUCAGUCCCCGUGGGUCUCCGAGGCACCAUCAUUGGAGUGAACUCUAUGGAGAAGGAACAUGAUAUCACGUAUGAUGUUGUCUUUGAUGAGGAGAUUGUCAAUGGACUCACAAUAAGAUGCACCCCAAACAGAGGCUAUCGUCUGCCUGCUUACGCCAUGAUCAACCUUUCCUAUGGAGACAGGAAGGAGUGGAAGGACUACAGUAAACUGGGGCAGCCCAAACCUACCGCAGUGGUGAAGCCACAAACCUCUGACCAUAGUGUGGGGGGACCUGAGCGAAACAGGAAGUUGUACUCAGAGCUUGCUGGGAAGGGUAGCAACAAGGCCGAAAAUGGUGGGGGUUUUAGACAGAACAAAGAAGUUAAAGUUUUCAUGCAGCAUCAAGACAGCCCCAACUCUCAGAAGAGUACACCAAGUGACCAGUUCAUGUCUGGGGGCACUGGUCACUUCUACACUCCAAAGAUGACCACUAGACAUGGCAGUGGACACAACCCACAACAACAACAACCUAAACAGAAACCACCCCAGAAGAAUAAAAAGCCUGAAUCUGAAGGCAGUGAGUUCAGUGAUAUAUGGCAGCAACUCCAGAAAGCAGCAAUAGGUGGAGCAACAGACAGUACAGAAAGUAUGAAUAAAAAACAAAAUCAGACAUCAAAACCUUCUCUGUCCAAGUCUUCCAGCACUACUGUGUCUGCUGAUAGCAGUAACACGAAUCUGACAUCAAAACCAUCCAAUCAGAAUCAAGAAAUCCCUUCACUGCAGCAAGCUGCCGCUGCACUGAGCACUGCCAAACUUCCAAUGCAGACGACUUCUGAAGGUCAAGGUCAAAACAAGGGGUCAAAGGCAAAGAACAUCACCAUCUUGAAAAAACCUGAGGAAUUCCAGGUGUCGAAUUCACCAAUGCAGCGAAUAGACGUUGCUGAUUUAUUUGGUGCGAACCAGAUGUCCCACACUGAGGCUGCGACUGCCCCAGGAAGUCAGUCGGUUAAUGAGGAGUUUGCAGCUUUGAUGAAGCAGCUGACGGUAGAGGCGGGACAGAUGGAGAAAGGGGCCAUGUUGGUGCAGGCGGAGGACGAGACAUCAGAGGCUGACAAAGCUUUGAAGCAGAUAUUAAAACUAGGUCAACCAGGCCAAGAAUCAGGUCAAGUCCACCAGGGUAUCAGCCAGGCACCCCAGGGUGUCAGCCAGGCACCCCAGGGUGUCAGCCAGGCUCCUCAGGAUAUCAGCCAUCCACAGCAAGGUGGACCCCCUUUGUAUGGGAGACAGGUCUCAGUGGAUGAGCUCUUCAUGGGUGUAAAACAACAACAGUUAUACAGUAAGCAGCAACAGCAGCACCAAGGGAGCAGAAACACAAAACAACAGAAGAGAUCACAACAUCAACAACAACAACUUCAACAACAUCAACAGCAGCAGCAGCAGCAGUCCCACCAGCAGCAGAGACUGAACGAGUGGUGUCACUCCAUGAACCUCAAACUUCCCACAUAUGACUUCCAACCAGUUGGGGAUGAGGUUGUGGCCUGGAUUACUCUGUCCAAUGGCAGGAGGUUCCAGGGGUCAAAGUGCAAGUCCCAGGAUGUUGCCAGGGAAAGUGCCGCCAGUAUCGCCUUGUUGCAGUUGACAAACCCGUCCAGGAGACAACAGGUUCAUGGACCUGGAGGUAUUCAGCUGUCUCCAAACUCUGCCUUCACCCCUGUCAGACCUCUGUUUACUGGAGUACAAGGUCCUAUGGCAUUCCCACCAGGUGUCGUGCCAGUGGGUCCCCUGCCCCCAGGUCUCCUACCUAAGGGACCCCCACCCCCUCCAUAUCAGGGCCAGCCACCCCACAGGGUCCCAGGCCCAAACCCUGGUAUGCAGCAGCCAUACCCUGGGGGAGUGCAGCCAUUUAUGGGGCAUCAACAAAAUAAUAGGGGGCAGCACCAACACAUGCAGCAACAGCACAAUAGAGGACAGCAGCAGCAAUAUAGGGGGCAGCAGUUUGACCAGAACAGGGGGCAGGGUAGGCAAGUUUCUCCUCACCAGUGGGCGCUGUGGAAUGAUAGGCCCGAGGGGCAAUUUGUGGAACAGGGAACUCCACAAAAAGAAACUAGACAUAAAGAGGAAGGAGCCAAAAAGAAUCCUUUUGUGCCGUUGCAGGUAACCAGAAAGCAAACUACUCCACAUAAACCACAAACAGGGACAGGAAGAAAAGAACAUCAAGAUGACGACAGCAAAAUAACAGAAAAAGCAACAGAUGUAUCAGUAAGUGACGCAACCUCAACUGCUGGGGACACAGGGCAGCAUUCUCAACCCAAGACCCCAGAACCACAAGGCGGUGCUAAGUCAAAGAGUAGCCCCACUGGUGCUCAAGUCAAUAAAAAAUCAGACUCUUCCCCUGAGCAGAAAAAUAUUAAGCCACAAGAGCAGUCUUCAGGCAAGCCAAAGCACCCGAAGAAAACAAGACGAUUGGCUGCAAACUUUGGUGGUGGUAGUGGCCAAUAGGGGGCGUUGCUGGCAAAACGUGCUUGUAAUGGCAGCUUAAUAAGAGAAAUUAUAGAAUGAUUUUAGAAGCCCAAUCCCUUUGAGAAGUUGAGGAAUUAUGCCAUUCAAUUUAAUGUACAUUUAUGAAGAAUUGUAGGGACAUAGGAGUUGUAUAUAGAUGAUAUUGUGUUUGCAAACUAUUUUAGAAAAUGCUUGAGAAUAACGCGUCCCACUCUCAGGUGGAAUAUAUGAGAAGUUUUACUCAUUUUAUUUCCAUGAGUAUUUUAUUAAAAAGGCAGAUGUAGGAGAGCAUGUAGUUUUAAAUGUUCAAAACAUUGUGAAUGACAAAGUCCUGCCUUUGAUGUCAGUAAGCAGUAUACUGAAUUGGUGUGGAAAAAAAAGCCACCUUUAUAAUAUUUUCAAACCAAAUAGAGUUAUACAUUGAAACAUUUAUUUUAUGUCUGCAUGUGGUCAGAGAUUUAUACAGUUUUAUAAAAGUUUCUAAUCGAAUUUUUAUAACAGUAUUAAAUCAGCAGAUUUGUCUUUUUUAGUAUUUGUCCUUUGAUUUUUAUUUAUUUGAUUAUUUAUCUUUUUCUGCAUUGACUUAUGGAUAACAGAGAUAAAGCUUGUAUGAGGUGGAAAUGAUUUUUUGAUGAGAAUUAUAAUAUUUUAAAAUAAAGAAAAAAGAACAUGA